GAUUUAAUAAUUUCGGUUGUUUUUUACGGAAAUAAGCACUACUUUUCCCAAACGCCCCAGUGCUUCAAAAAACUUGAAAAAACUGGAUAAAAACAAGUAUUUUCGCUUAAAUUAUUAUGUAGACAAUAAUGUAAAAAGGUAAUAAUAUAAAUAAUGACAUGUUUUGAAGCAAUACCAUAGAUCACAGACAAGAGAGGCCAUAGAUCUUGUCUAUCCAUAGAUAAGAGCGCAAGACUUUACCUAUUCUAGGGCGUAGAUUAGUUUGCAUGUACCGCAUGUACUUAACCUCUUCACGUUAAACAAUUCAGACAGUAGUAAGUCGCUUCAAAAGUAAAUUAAAAUCCAUGAAAAUGUCUAAUGUAAAGUAUAUACUAGUAACUGGUGGUGUUAUUAGUGGUGUUGGUAAAGGUGUCAUUGCUAGCAGUUUUGGCACAAUUUUAAAAUGUUGCGGUAUUGAAGUAACUUCGAUUAAAAUUGACCCUUACAUUAAUUUAGAUGCGGGGACAUUUUCACCCUACGAACACGGUGAAGUAUAUGUUUUGGAUGAUGGUGGUGAAGUAGACUUAGAUUUAGGCAACUACGAGCGAUUUUUAAACAUUACACUUCACAAAGACAAUAAUAUAACAACAGGAAAAAUAUAUCAACAAGUAAUUGAUCGAGAGAGAAGGGGCGAUUAUUUAGGAAAAACUGUGCAAGUGGUUCCACAUAUAACAGAUGCUAUUCAAGAAUGGGUAGAACGAGUGGCCCAAGUGCCUGUUUCAGAAACUGGCAAAGUACCCCAAGUUUGCAUAGUAGAAUUAGGUGGAACAAUAGGUGAUAUAGAGAGUAUGGCUUUUGUAGAGGCUUUUCGACAGUUUCAAUUUAGAGCGAAACGUGAAAACUUUUGUUUGGCACAUGUCUCACUUGUACCACAGCCAAAAUCAACAGGGGAGCCAAAAACCAAACCAACUCAAGCUUCUGUAAGAGAACUUAGGGGUUUAGGGUUGUCUCCCGACUUUAUAGUUUGCCGGUCAGAAAAACCUAUUGGCCAUGAAGUAAAAGAAAAAAUUUCCAAUUUUUGUCAUGUUGCGCCUGCGCAGGUAAUAUGUAUUCCCGAUUUGAGCUCAAUUUAUAAAGUGCCAAUUGUAAUGGAAUCAAAUGGGGUCGUCGAGUUUUUAAAUGAGCGUCUCAAAUUGGGAAUGAACCUUAUGGUGCCUGCCCGAAAGUUCAUGAAACGAUGGGUGGAUUUAGCUAACCGAAUGGACCAUUUAAGAGACGGGGUGCGGAUAGCUCUCGUGGGCAAAUACACCAGGCUCGAAGACUCCUACACAUCUAUUACAAAAGCGCUACAACAUGCAGCAAAUGCUGUGGGUUUUCACGUGAAAGUUGUGUUCAUAGAGGCAACCAACUUGGAGGAGGGCAUGCUCAAAGACGAUCCUGUUGCUUAUCAUAAUGCCUGGUCUGAAUUGUGUCAAAGCGAAGGGGUGAUUAUACCAGGUGGUUUUGGUAAAAGGGGCAUCGAAGGAAAAAUCGAGGCAAAUAAAUGGUGUCGUGAAAACAACAAACCCUUAUUAGGAAUUUGUUUAGGAUUUCAAACGGCAGUAAUUGAAUAUGCAAGAAAUGUCUUGAAACUCGAAGAAGCUCACACGACUGAAUGCAAUCCAGAGACUUCUCAUCCUGUAAUAAUUGAUAUGCCUGAGCAUAACAGUGGAGACAAGGGAGGGACCAUGAGGCUUGGAAAAAGGACGACAGUAUUCACGGAGGCAUCAAGAAAUAGCAAAAUCCGUCGUUUAUAUGGUAAAAAAGAUAAAAUUGAAGAACGACAUCGACACAGAUACGAAGUUAAUCCAAAGUACGUGACGCCUAUAGAGAAAGAAUGCAUGAAAUUCGUAGCUGUGGAUGAAACUGCUGAAAGAAUGGAAAUAUUGGAGUUAGAACGACAUCCCUAUUAUAUAGCCACACAAUUUCAUCCAGAAUAUUUAUCCAGACCUAUGGCUCCUUCUCCUCCAUUUUUAGGGCUCAUAUUAGCAUCAAAAGAUAAACUGAAGUCAUAUUUGGCUAGGGGAUGUAAAUAUUCACCAAUGCAACAAUCAGAUUCAGAAGAUGAAGAAUGCUUAGAAAAAAAUGCAAAUAUCCCCGAGACAAACAUAGAAGAGUGGGAUAGUGGAGCAUGUAGCAGUUCUAGUAAUAUCUGACCACUUUUACAAGUACCAAACGGUGCUUUCAACAUUCUUAUUUAAUUCAAUGUCAUUUUCUGUACUCUCAAUUGUAAAAUUGGGGACCUCUUUGCCAUUGAAAUAGACAAAAUCGAUAUCUACAAGAUCAGGCUUAACAUAUAAGGAGAAAGUCCAAAAAUUUACCUUUCUAGAUUUCUAAUAUCAAGAAAAUGAUAAAGAACCAGUUCCUUAUUUUUAUAUGUACUCCUAAAUGUAAGUUUAAAAGUUAACGCUGAGCAUAACUACUACUUGGUUUUUAUUUAUAAUUAUAAUUUUUUUUCUAAUAAUUUCUUCUGAUAAUCUUGUCCUUUUGAUGUUUCACAUUAAAUAAAGAGAAAAAGUUA